AUGAAAGUUUCAAAAAGAUUAAGUUUUUUCAUUUUAAUUUUAUCCAUAAUUGUGAUAUUACCUUAUACCCUUGUUUAUGCUAACAUACCAGUUGAACUUUUGGAUUAUGAAACAUUUAAAAAACAUGAGAUCAUUAAAGCAAAAGGAAGAAAGGAUGAACUAGUUUUAUUGUCUCUUGUAUGUGUAAGUAUUUUAUCGGCUCUAUGUACACUAUGGGGAAUUAGAUUACACCAUCUUCAUGAUAUUAAUAAAAAGAAGACCCGUAGAGGAGGUAUAAAAUCAAUGGGGAAAUCAAAAUUGUCUUUUGAAAGUGAAGAUUCUGGAUAA